AUGGCCAGCGAACCUUCGUCCACCACUAUAGCCAGUGAACCUUCGGCCAGUACUUCUGAAAUUCAAACAGAUACUACAGAGCCUUCCCAACUCAAAGCACUUGCAUUACACUAUCUUCAAAAUCAAGACAUUUCAACUUUUCCCAGCAGAAUUCCGAAACUCAAUCCUUGCAGAAUUAUGGGAGGUGGCUCUCGUGCUAGACAAGAGAGUCAAGCCAUUAUGCAGGAUCAGGCGACAAGCCCAAUCGUGAUUGAGGAUGAGGAUGACGAUGAUAACCGGUCUAAUUCUGUUGAUAAUAGCGGGAAUGAUACCAACGUGCAAAAAAGUGAAUCCCAAUCGAGAAGAAAUUCAUCAAGGCAGUCUUUAAGACGGGGGAUCACUCGUGAACAGGAAAAAUUCCAGGCCCUAUUGCAAGAGCUAUUUACGCCUGCCAUGGGAGAGAAAGCUGAAAAUGUUGAUUAUGCUGAGGAGGACGCCGAUGGAUCUAUAUCACAAAGCUUAGCCCGAUUAUAUCAAAAGGCAACUCGUGCAGGAUUACGUGUUGCAAAGGCAAAUCAAGACGAAAUUUUUUUAUGUUGGUAUAAAUAUGCUGAAGGAUUCGAAAAUGGGUUUUGA